AUGUCUUCCAUCACGCGAAGAAAACCCUCUGAUGAGGAUAAAAAACAAUCUCGUCGACAAAUUAGUAAAGUAUUAGAAAACUUUCUAAAGCUUAAAUUGGAAACUGCUGAUAAUUAUAAUCAUGCCGCAGUGAGUAGAUCUUCCGUUAACAGCUCCGUUGGUGGCGGUAUACGUCGUACCGAAAUUAGAGAGGUCUCGGCAUCAAUGCCAUCGGUAUAUCCGCCUCGAAUAAGUGCUAGCGUUGAAGUCAUUGGUUAUAGGAAUUCCAGUAGCAAUACUACCACAGCCAGGGAACGUUCCAGUUCUGCGUCAAAGAGAGAAAGUUCUGGCUCCGCAUCAAAGCGAGAAAGUUCUGGCUCCGCAUCAAAGCGAGAACGCUCUGGAUCUGCGCCAAAAAGAGAACGCUCUGGAUCUGCGUCAAGGAGAGAGCGCUCUGGUUCUGGUACUUCUUCGAGAAGAAAAAGUAAGCUAACUUUGAAUUGGAAGAAAGUCAAAAAGCUUUCUGCCCUCAUUAACCGAACCGACUCUAAAGUUGAUCAGCCACAAUCACCUACAGGUCAAGCUAUAGUACAAAAGAAUGAAAUAAGUGAAAGUUGGAGGAAUGGCGAUCGCUCUAAUUUCUAUCAGUAUGGUAUCUCUGCUGAAGAUGAUACAGAACCCACAGCAGGGAUUAGCACCGAAGAGACGAAGAAAAGUGAAGGCAAUGGAAUAACUGCGGUACCAGCUGAAUUAACGCGUAGUAAAUGGUCUAUGCUUAGACAAGUAUCUAGAGACAGUUCAUGCAACAGUGAAAGAGGAAGCCCUGUAGAAGGAAGCGAAGAAGAUAAGAAAAUGAUGUAUGUUGCUCAAUGGCUAGCAGCUCUUUCUGAGAGAAAUGAUUUAAGACUCGCCGAUAUGGGGCUUGGCAACUGCUCUUAUACUACAAAAAAGAAAACAUACAAACGAUUUCAGAAAAUGGCCAGUGAGGCUAUCCGCAAAACAUCAAAUGCAGAGGUAGUUGGUUCGCCUGAAUUAUCCUCGCCCCAGCAAAUGGCCCAAAUCGCUACCGUUUUAGAUUUAAGUGGAAGUAUCAUUUCUGCUUGGGGUAAUAUUGGUGACUUAGCGGACAAAGUCAAGAAACACACUAAAAAGUUUAUACAUGACACAUUUACUGAAUGGAUUAUCAUGCAAGGAGGAUGGGGUUCGUUUGAUCCAGCUGUAGACGAUUAGCUAGCUGAGAUGAUUAUCUUGACCUUCAAGAGUGUACUUUUCAACUGUCGAGUAAACACAAACACAACAUUUAUACAAUACUCAAAGUUUCAACUAGUGGAUACAAUACAGUAGUGAAAUUAGAAUUGCGUAAUGCAUUCUUAACAUGCUGCAUUUAUUGAUUGGCGCGAAGGCAUAUUUUGCGGUGCAGCUUUUUAAAAAAUAAACAGUUUUUGUAUUAUAGUGUAUCAGCAUCGUUUCAAUGUAAUAUAUGCGCUUACAUACCUGUAUGUGGCGCUUUUGGAAAUGAGUUUAACAAGGACAUUUAAACUCUUAAA